AUGGAAUUAAAAAAUAGAACAAUGGAUGCUAUAGUUAUGUGGAAAUAUGAGGUUAAUAAUGAAGAAUUAUAAGAUAACCAAAUAAAAGGACAAAAUCAAUCAAAUGAUAAAUAGUAUGAUAAUUUUGAUGAUUUUUUUCGCAUAUUUGAUUUUGGAUUAUCCUAUGAUCUUUAAUAUUUAGCCAUUUUUGAAGACAAAAUUAGAAAAUAGAAUAAUCCAUCAAGGAGAAUAAAAGGGAAAUAAAAAAGUGAUUUAAGAAUAAAAUUAUACGAAGUGAAAUCAAACAAAGUUGUUUUUGAAAGUAGUUUACUAUGUAGAGGAUUUUUAUAUAUAAAUUUUCAUUUUUCUAAAGAUUCAAAUUUUUUAAUAUGUUAAGGGUAUUGGGAUGGUUAUUUAAUAAUAGAUAUUUAAUAAAAGAAAGAGUACAUCUUUAAGAAUUUAGAAGAAACAAGUUUUAUUUUUUAGAUGGAUACAAUCAAUAGUUAUUAUAUAAUUAAAAAUAAGAAAAUAUUUAAUAUAAAUGCAGAGUAGAUCAAUUAGCAAUAGGAAAAAGAAAUAGAUCUAAAAUUCAAUUUUAAUCUUAUAUUAUAUUUCAAAUCAUUUUUAUAGAAAUUUGCUUUAAUAAGUACAGAGUUAUACCAAUAUAUAAUUUAUCUUGAAAAUUGUAAAGUUAUUAAAUAAAGAAAAAAAUAAAUUGAUGUUAGAACAUAAUUAGUCAUUUUUAAAAACUUUCUGAUAAUUGAAUAAGAAGAUCAUCAUGAAACAGAAUAUACUGUUAGAUUAUUACAUAGUGGAAAAUUAUUAAGAAGAAUAAAGAAUCUUUUAGGAAAUACAGGGAAUUUAUCUUAUGAUGAAUGUGGAGUUUAUAAAAAUUCAUUUUAAAAUAUUGAAACUCUAAGUAAUCAUUAAUAAAUCAAAAUAUUUGACUUUUUAAGAGGAAAUUCUAAAUAAAUAUGUUAUAGAAUUAAUUCUUAACAUAAAGAUAGUCAUUAAAUCUCUAAACUAUACAAAUAGUUUAUAUUCACUAUGAUUAAGAGCAGACUAUAAACUUAAAUUACAUGCUAUAUGUUAAGAUGA